AUGAUAGCAAAUAAAAAGGGCAGAGGAAGAGGAGUUUUGUUAGCGGUUAAAUCUCAUUUGUCUAGUAAACAAUUAAAACUAACUUCGCCUGUUACGGAUGCUGAUUUAAUUGGAGUCAAGGUGCAGUUAAAUGAAAACGUCAGUUUAAAUAUAAUAAAUUUAUACAUUUCACCAGCUUCACCCAGUAUUUGUUACGAAGAUAUCUUUGAGUAUUUGGAGCAUGAGAGUCUUAUAUCUGAAAAAACCUUAAUAGUAGGUGACUUUAACAUCCCUGAAUAUUAUAAUCAGAUAAUGCAAAACGAGAAUGUUGGACAUUUAACAGGGUCGAAUAUUCCACUGUGUGAUUUUAUUAAUUUUAAUGAUUUACAGCAGCAGAACUUAGUAACUAAUGCUAAAGGUAGACUUUUAGAUUUAAUCCUUUGUUCUACGGAUUUGAAAUGUACCGUAAUGCAGUCCAAUACUCCAGUAGUUGAUCAAGAUGUUCACUAUCCUGCGUUAUCUAUCAUUCUACAAGUUCGUGCAGCUAAUUUGAAAGAGUCGAAUUUCAACUUUUCGAGAAUUAAGACCAAAUAUAAUUUUCGUAAAGGAAAUUAUAUAGAGCUAUACAGAUACCUAAAUAACACAGACUGGUCUCAACUACUAGUUAUUAAAGAUGUCGAUGUUGCUUGCGAUUAUUUCUAUUCCAUUAUUUAUGACCUUUUAGAUAGAUUUAUUCCCAAGACUCCAAUUAAUACUACGACAUAUUAUCCUGUUUGGUAUACACCAUCUAUCAUAGGCUAUAUUAAACGUAAGCGUCAGUUAUGGAAGAGUUAUAAAAAAAAUAAAUUUGAAAGAGUAUUAUCACAAGUUAAUGAUCUUAGGAGACUCAUUAAGAAAGAAAUCAAAGUGGCAUACAUCAACUUUAUAGUAUCGGCGGAAACGAACAUCAAGCAAGAUCCAAAAAAUUUAUGGGCAUAUAUUAAUCAAAAGAAAAGUGUCUCGAGUAUCCCAGGUCAUGUGUUCAAUAAAGGUAUUGAACCAACUGAUCCACAAGAAAUUGUCAAUCAUUUCGCGAUUCAUUUCAGUGACAUCUUUAGUAGUGAUAAUAUCUGUGAUAGUUUCCCAGUCUGUGAUAGAGAAAGUGAUAUGGUGAGCGUCUUACACAAUUUCGUAAUAAAUACCUGUGAUAUUUUGGAUGCCGUCAAAAAAGUCAAUUCUAAUUUUACUAUGGGUCCUGACAAUGUGCCUGCUUUCCUUGUAAAAGACUGUAUUUCUUGUUUAUGUGAACCCCUUUGCUACUUGUUUAAUUUAAUUAUUGCUGAGGCUGCAUAUCCUAAUAAGUGGAAGUCUACUAAAGUUAUCCCGGUCUUCAAAUCUGGUACAGCUCAGUUAUUUGCUACGCCGAUGCUCAUUUCUAAAUUAAAUGCUCACAAAACGCGUAGAUGUUCAGUUUCAGUGUCUGGGGAGAUACAAUGUUUCCAAGUAGGUACUCAGUACAUAGAGUAG